CGUUAGGUGGGGGCGCGGCAGCCGUUCGGCGGCAGCCGUUCGUCGCCAGUCGUUCGCCGUUCGUCGCCGACGAUGGAUGCCAAAAAGAAAAUCACAGCACCCCUUAUCUAUGCUGUUUCCAUUGCUGCCAUUGGAUCUCUCCAGUUUGGGUACAACACUGGUGUCAUCAAUGCUCCUGAGAAGAUCAUCCAGAGGUUCUUCAACAGAACCCUGUCAGAACGGAGCGGCGAGGCUGUCUCCCCACAGCUCCUCACCUCUCUGUGGUCCCUUUCUGUGGCCAUCUUCUCUGUAGGAGGUAUGAUCGGCUCCUUCUCAGUCAGCCUGUUCGUCAACAGAUUUGGCAGGAGGAACUCCAUGCUACUGGUGAACGUCUUGGCCUUCGCUGGUGGCAUUCUCAUGGCCUUCUCUAAGAUGGCAAAGGCAGUGGAGAUGCUGAUUAUUGGCCGCUUCAUUAUCGGCCUCUUCUGUGGUCUCUGCACUGGCUUUGUGCCCAUGUACAUCAGUGAGGUCUCGCCCACCAGCCUCCGUGGAGCCUUUGGCACUCUCAACCAGCUGGGCAUUGUUGUGGGCAUCCUGGUGGCCCAGAUCUUUGGCCUGGAGGGAAUCAUGGGGACUGAAGCACUUUGGCCACUGCUUUUGGGAUUCACGGUCCUCCCAGCAAUCCUGCAGUGUGUGGCUCUUCUUUUCUGCCCUGAGAGCCCCCGUUUCCUAUUGAUCAACAAGAUGGAGGAAGAGAAAGCGCAAGCAGUUCUCCAGAAGCUCCGUGGUACACAAGAUGUGUCUCAAGACAUCCUGGAGAUGAAAGAAGAGAGUGCCAAAAUGUCCCAGGAAAAGAAAGUAACUGUGGCAGAGCUCUUCCGUUCUCCAAACUACCGUCAAGCCAUUAUCAUUGCCAUCAUGCUGCAGCUCUCCCAACAGCUCUCAGGCAUCAAUGCUGUAUUCUAUUAUUCUACAGGGAUUUUUGAAAGAGCUGGUAUCACACAGCCUGUGUAUGCCACUAUUGGAGCUGGCGUGGUAAACACAGUCUUCACUGUUGUGUCGCUGUUCCUGGUGGAGCGUGCAGGGCGCAGGACCCUCCAUUUAGUUGGUUUGGGUGGCAUGGCUGUGUGUGCUGUUCUCAUGACCGUCGCUUUAGCUCUGAAGGACGUUGUGGAGUGGAUCAGAUACAUCAGCAUUGUUGCCACUUUUGGCUUUGUGGCUCUCUUUGAGAUUGGCCCUGGCCCUAUCCCCUGGUUCAUCGUGGCAGAACUUUUCAGCCAGGGCCCACGGCCUGCAGCCAUGGCAGUGGCUGGUUGUUCCAACUGGACCUCUAAUUUCUUGGUGGGAAUGCUCUUCCCCUAUGCAGAGAAACUAUGUGGCUCCUAUGUCUUCCUUAUCUUCCUUGUUUUCCUGGUCAUCUUCUUUGUCUUCACAUUCUUCAAAGUGCCAGAGACCAAGGGCAGGACUUUUGAAGACAUCUCCAGGGGCUUUGAAGGACGAGCAGAAGCCAGCCCCACAUCACCUGUAGAGAAGAACCCCAUGGUGGAGCUGAACAGCAUACAACCUGACAAAGAAGUUGCCUAAGAUUCAUGACACGCCCCUUCUUCGACUCUUACAUGUUUAAAGAGUCAUUAAAGGAAUGAGCAAAGAAAACCAUGAGAACUGGGAUAUUUUUUCCCCCCCUCAAUUGCUGCUAUUUUCUUCUUUGCACCCACAUACUCGCCCAUUCUGCCAGGCUUACCAGAAUUAAGCAAAUCUGAUAUGGGUGAUCCCAUUUUCAAGUACUGGAAGGCACUUGGCACUUGCAAAAAUAAUCUCAUCUUCCCUGUCACAAACAUCAGGAGAACAGAGAAGAGCUGGCAAUAUUUUUGCUUUUCUCACCUAUAAUUGCUAUUUGGGGUUAACAUACUUAUGCACGCGGUGGCCGUUACGUAUUUGAAUCUAAUUACUAUUUUUGUAGUGAGUUGAAGUGACCCACUAAACAAGUCCCCGGCCCUUUGAGUCUAAUCUGUGUGUGUGUGUGCAGUGUUACACUGGAAUUUAACAAGCCUACCAAAAAGCCAUCUCCUUGCUUUUUCCUAUCCAGUGUGCACUUUUUUCAGCCUCAGGAAAAAGGGGACCAAGUUACAUGCAUAUUUUUUCCUGCUUUUUUAUGUUUUUUUUGUAUAGACAGACUGAAAGCAUACUUUUACUUAAGUUUAUUUAUUUGUAUGUCACUUUGUAAAUAUUUAUUUUUUUAAUGGUGUACAAAAAUGUACAGAUAAUGAAAUUGAAGAUGUUUAAGAGAAAUAGCUAUACUAACAAAUGAUGCUGUAGACUUGAGGUGCAAUAAGACUGUAAAGGAGAAAUGUGGUACUAAACAAGAGGUGGGGCAUUUUGGAUGGUAUGUACAACAGAGCCAAUUAUGCACAUCACCUUUAAGUUAUUUGUGCCCUCUGGAAAGAAAUUCGAAGAAUUGCGUGCUAGUGAGAAGAGGUAUGUUUGUCCACCAAAGUCUCUGUUAUUUGGGAUUUCUUGUGUGGCAAUUUUAAAUAUUGUUCCCAAGUGUUGAUUGGAAAGUGUGGUAUUGCAGCAAAUGGGUGUUGUUAGUUUAUAUUUUCAGUCAUGGUUAAGCAUUGUAUGGGAUGAUUGAGGGUGGUGAUUGCAAACCAGAUGGUAACUUUUCCUGCCUUCUCUUAAUUUUAUUUUUUGGCUUGUCUGUUGUAUUCUAGUAGGUCAAAGUAUGGAAUUUGCAGAUUGUUAUUUAAAGGUGUGCGAGGAUAAAAAUUAUUUUCCAAAGCUGUAUUUUCUUAGCAAUUGUUCUUAUAAAAUAUUAGACAGAGGCAUGUAGCAUGACCCUUCUGGACACAGGCAUGGUCAGUUAUGGCAUGUGUAAGUUCACAAAGGUAGAGAUGCAGGACUAGAGACCAGAGCUACUGGAACUUGCUAGCUUAGCAGUGUGAAAGGUUUGUAGUGCUCAGUCCACUAGUUGGUUGCAGGCCAAAUGUUUUUGCCCUAUGUGUCCUCUCUGGAAGAGCUGCAUGAUGUUGUUGUGAUGCUCACCAGUGUGCAGCAUGCUGUGUAGAUGUGUACAGCUCUGUAAUAGUGCCUCUGUUAAAAGGCAUAUGGCAGACAGUAAUUGUACAUCAGUAAGUAUUGGUCUCCCUGCUUGUCAUACUGCUAGGCAGUUGAGAGUAUGUAUACGCCUACCUUUGCUGCCAAGCUAGCAGAGUUCAGUUGAGGAAGGCAAAAAGUAGCACAUAAGGUGUACUUGCAAUCAAGGGGUGUGAGCUUUGCUUCUCUGACUGCAGUGCUCUGCUGAGAGGGAGUCCAGGCCCGUGUCUGUCCAGACCUGCACAAGCUAUCUAAAGGUAGCACACAGGUAGGUCCAAUUUAAACUCCUGCUCUAAGAUCUUCUGCAUUUUCGGACUUGAUCAAACUCAGGUCUGCAAACUCAUGCUGGAGUUCAUCACUGGAUAUCCUAGAAGAGAGGCAGGCCCACAGAUUCCGAGGUGCGUAAAAUGAAGAAAGGCUCAGAAAGACAGGAAUGACAGCAAAAUUGUCGUAGCAUGGAUAGCCCAAGCUUUCUUGACAACAUACUGCUUCAGAGCAGGUCAGAGAACUUCCCAUUGAUGUAUAUUCUGGGCGUGUGUAUCUGGCAUUUUCAGUAACUAGUGGUGACAUUUCUAUCUUCCCUAAUGAGAAACAGUUGCAAAGAUCAGUAAAAUUUACUGCUGUGAAAUACUUCCUGUCACUUCAUUUUAAAUAUUCCAGCUUUGCACAACGCAGUCCUAUUACAUCCAGUUUUCCCUAGCUUUCUAUCAAGCUUCCAUGCCAGAUAUUUAUUCUCAGAAGUAUUCUAUGUGUCUUCUUUCCCAACUUUCAUAUUUUGGCUUAGUUACAGAUUUCUGUGCCCUUCCUUUGACCCUCCAGCACUUCCAGAUGUAAUAUUUCUAUAUGGGCAUCUACAUGUUAGGAAAUGACCCCUACAGCUGUGCAUAAGAGCAUUCCAUACCUUGCAUCAGAGAUGUGUGUUUGGCUUGGACUGAAAUGUGUAGGUCUUUCUCACAUGGUAUCUCUUUGUUAUUUUCUUUUUCUGUAACAGCAUUGUGAAUAUUUUGGAUGGGUUUUAUAUGCUUGUUAAUGUGGUGGUUGCCUGUUUUUAAAAUAAACUAUAGAACUAAGUAUCUGGUUUGGAUUUUACCUUUA